AUGGAAUCAAUGAAAUCACGACUCACGUACCUGCAACAUGCUCACAGCCCUUAUGCUGGCCUCGCACCAAAUCUAGAUGCCUACCAUUUGAUGUACAUGGAAGCCAUCGAAGCGCUUGUUGAGGAAGGAACUAGGAAGCUACAUGAGGCAGACGAAGCCCACCAGUUGUACAUUCUAAUUGUUGACAUUCCAGCCUUUCCACUUACAGACACCAACCACAUUAUCACCUCUUCACCCAUCACCAAGUUGACCAACACACCUGACUUAAAACAAUUCAGGCUCACGGAUGUCGAAACGAUUUGGGCCAUCCUUAAUCAAAAGUGCAACGCAACAAUGUUCACACCCCUCUUGACCAUAGACCUUCAGGCAAAAAGUUUAUCAUUCUACUCAAACAAAAUUGCUUCUGCCCUCCAUCAAUUCACAGAGAUCUGUGACACUAUUUCACCCACGGCACAGCACAGAAAGCGCUCCUACAGCUGGGAGCCAACUGCCGGCCUUAUCAAAUCUAGUCCUACUCCCCCAGUCAAGCAUGUCAACGCAAGUGUACCAGUAUCUUCACAAUCCGUUGACUUGCACUUGUUGUCAAGAUACACCUCCACAGCACCACCUUCUGGAGUCGUUCCAUCUGUCUCCACUACUUCAAACUUGAACAAGCUGCCACCCAACCCAAGCUCAGCCGAGUCAAAUCCUCACAGCUCUGCGCCAGCCGUCAUCAUCAAUGCCACCCAUGAUCCUAGGCCGUCAACUCCAUCUUCUAGGGCAUCGAACCCAAGUAAGCAGCCACUCAACUCAACCCAGGAUUCUCCAGCCGAUUCAAAUUCUCAGGAGGAGACAGGGGGCAGCUCUGAGUCAGUCAUCAUUGUUGAUGCCACCUCUGAUCCUAGGCCAGCAAGUCCAUCUUCUAGCGCGUCAAACCCAAGCAAGGAGUCAAGCAACUCAACCCAGCAACCUCCAGUCAAUUCAAAUUCUUGGGAGGAGAAAACUGAAGGCUCUGUGCCAGUCAUCAUUGACAAUGCCAUCUCCAUCUCUGAUCCUAGGCCAGUAAGUCCAUCAAGCAAGCAGCCACCCAAUUCAACCCAGCAAUCUUCAGCCAAUUCAAAUUCUCAGGGGCAGACAACUGCCAUCUCUGCGCCAGUCAUCAUCAACAAUUCCACCUCUGAUCCAAGGCCGGCAAGUCAAUCUUCUAGUGUGUUAAACCCAAGCAGGCCUGCAAGUCCAUCUUCUAGUGCGUCAAGCCCAAGCAAGCAGCCACCCAACUCAACCCAGGAUUCUCUAGCCGAUUUGAAUUCUCAGGAGGAGACAGUGGGCAUCUCUGAGUCAGUCAUCACCAUUGAUGCCACCUCCAAUCCAAGCUCUAUUCCCACCAAAGAGUAG